AUGCUCCAAGUCUGGCUCCGCAGCACGAGCGCCAUACAGGCCGUCGCGGGCCAAUUUGGCAGCGACAAGGACGGUGCCAAAGAGGGUCCUCGAAGCCCCGACGAAAAGGCAGCGAGCGCCUCGAGCGGCGUGAUCGCCAAGGAGCGCGAGCACCUUGACCGCGUCCGUCAGCUCCUGGUGGACGGCGUGUGCUCGACGAUGACCGACUGCGCGGCGAUGCUGGCCGAGAGCACCAGCAUCGAGCUCGAGGCCCAAAUGCGGGUCCACUUCCGAGAUCGCCGCAAGCUGCUGCGCGCCGACCGUCGCGCGCUGGUGCGAAAGUACCGAGCCAAGCUGGCCGAGCACGAGGCGCACGAAGGGACGACGAUCCAGACGGAAACCACUCUGCAGCUGAUUGGGCAGCUGGCGCUGCUGUGA